GUGUAGCGGCGGCUGCAGCAGUCCAGAGUUCAGCAGCGCAGCGGAUCUUUACUCCCGGUUGUUUUCUUUUUCUCCAUCCAGGCCGCUGACACACACUGACUGCUACUCUGACUUUCAACCUUCCCGGAGCGUUUUUACUUCUUCACUUGACGCUCUCUUGUCUCCUUUGGACCCGUUUGGAUUUUACGCACUUAUUACCUUCCUUGGACCUCCGGUGCUUUCUGCCCUGGACGCUCCGUGCCGACACGCCAUGGCGCGUUUGUUACUGCCGUGUCUCCUGCUGUUUGUAUCAGCGCAGACGGCCUUCUCCUCCGGCGUCUUCGAGCUGAAGAUCGACUCCUUCACCAGCUCCCGCGGCGUCUGUGGCCACCAGUCCCGGGACUGCCAGAUCUUUUUCCGCGUGUGCCUCAAGCACUCGCAAGACGUCAUCAACCCGGAGCCGCCGUGCACGUACGGCACCGCGCUCACCGAGAUCUUCGGCGCCGACUCCAACUCCAUCUCCGAGAGCGCGCCCAUCAGGGUGCCCUUUGUCUUCAAGUGGCCGGGGACUUUCUCUCUGAUCAUUGAAGCCUGGAACGCGGAGUCUUCAGGACUCGAGUCUACAGGGAACCAGAACAAUCUCAUCAGCCGGCUGGCGACCCGCCGCAGGCUGACCGUCGGAGAGGAAUGGUCCCAGGACGUGCACUUCGGCAACCAGAGCGAGCUCCGCUACUCCUACCACUUUGUGUGCAAUGAGCACUACCACGGAGAGGCCUGCUCCGCCUACUGCCGGCCCCGCAACGACACCUUCGGCCACUACACCUGCGACGACGAUGGGAACCGUCACUGCCUGGAGGGCUGGGCGGGCGAAUACUGCUCUGACCCCAUCUGUGCAGCGGGGUGCAGCGAGGAGCACGGUGUCUGCGAGUCUCCCGGGAAGUGCGUGUGCCGACAGGGCUGGCAGGGCGAACGCUGCGACGAGUGCGCCCGACAUCCCGGCUGCCUCCACGGGACCUGCCAGCAGCCCUGGCAGUGCAACUGCAUGGAGGGAUGGGGAGGCCUGUACUGCAACCAAGACCUGAACUACUGCACCAACCACAAGCCGUGCCAGAACGAGGCCACGUGCACCAACACUGGCGAGGGCAGCUACACCUGCGCUUGCCGGCCCGGGUUCACCGGUGAUAACUGCGAGAUCGAAACCAACGAGUGCGACAGCAACCCCUGCAGGAAUGGCGGCAGCUGCAAAGAUUUGGUGAACGACUACUCUUGCGCGUGUCCUCAGGGUUUCUACGGGAAGAACUGCCAGAUCAGCGCCAUGACAUGCGCAGACGAGCCGUGUUUUAAUGGAGGAACCUGCAUUGAGAACGUCGCUGGCGGGUACAGCUGCCGCUGCCCACCCGGGUUCACAGGCUCCAACUGCGAGAAGAGGAUCGACAGAUGCAGCAGCAACCCCUGCGCUAACGGUGCUGAGUGUUUGGACCACGGUUAUCGCGUCACGUGUCGCUGUCGGCCCGGCUUCACCGGCUCUCGCUGUGAGACCAACAUCGACGACUGCGCCAGCAACCCCUGCCGCAACGCCGGCACCUGCGUCGACGGCAUCAACGACUUCACCUGCACGUGCACGCUCGGCUUCACCAGCAAGGACUGCUCUGUGCGCACCAGCUCCUGCGACCAGUUCCCCUGCAACAACGGUGGCACGUGUUACGCCCACUACACCGGCCCCGUAUGUAGUUGCCCGCAGGGCUUCGCGGGUGCACGCUGCGAGCACCUUGUGAAGACCACCAGCCCCCCUGCAACGCCGUCCGUGAACGCCGGUUUCCCUGCAGCGCUGGCUAUCGCUUUCGCACUCGGCCUGGUGACGCUGACUCUGCUGGUGUGCGCUGCCAUCUUCAUCCUGCGUCAGCUCUGCCGCGACAGGGAACUAACCUCCAUCUCCACAUCGGUGAAGAACGACCUGGAGACUGUGAACAACCGCAACGCAGUGAUUGGUGGCGGCGGACCCAACAACGGGAGCUUACCCGGAGCGCCGCUGGCCAGCCUGAGAGAGAAGGAGGCCUUCCUCAUCCCCGGAGGACAACUCAAAGUGUCCAACAAGGACGCGGCGCUGGUGGAGAAGGGCGUCGACAGCAUGGGCGUGUUUAAAAACAAAAUGGCAGACUGUAACCUGGCGAAAGAAGAGCAGCACCUGGCCAAGAACAAGUUUGACCUUAAGAAGUGCGACUCGUCCAUCAUCGUCCCUCCUCUCAGUUUUGCAAAGGACAGUCUUUAUCACCCAGUCUUCAUCAUCCCAGAGCAGAUGGAGCAGUGUGUGUUUGCUACUGAGGUAUAACCUCCAGUUUUCAGACCGCCAGCGGAGGAACUUUCACGCUGAAGGCCUGAAACAUUUUCUGCCCAGGACAACUCACCCAGAGGAUCUAUUCUACAUGCAUUAUUUUAUUUAAUAUUUAUUACUGCUGCUCAAUGGAGAGAAACAAAACAGAGGAUUUCUUCUGCUUCAAUAUUGACCGUGUUUGGAUGACAAUGAUUCUGAAAAGAGCAGCAGAGGAGAGAAAAGAGGAAAGACUGAAUGUCCGGCGUCAUUUGCACUAUUUUUCUUUUUUUUUUAUACUUUAAAUCUUAAUAUAAUUUUUCUGUCUGUAUAUCUGAUAUUUUCUUUGGAUCGAACAUGAAAGAGAGGACUUAAGAGUUGGAACUGUCCACCUAUCGGAAAGACUGGUGCCUUGGCAAUGCUUCCUAAUCAUCAUGGCAACAGUUUCCUGUUUAAUGUCACAUAAAGCUGUUUUCUCAUAUGAACUCCAGACAACGUCCGGACCUGACCGUCGUCUCUCCAGUUAGACAUUUUCAUUGGCGUCCUUAUGCAAAUGACCCUUCGUCUUCACCCUCGGAUGUUUAUAUUCUUCUGGUUUUGUGUCAGUUGCAUGAUCGCAACGUCAUCAACACACCCACUGUGAAAUCUCCGGGCAGUGACCUGCUCUAUUCACACAUGGGCUCAAUCAUUAUACAGACUUUGUACAAGGGAGCUGGCAGGGUAAAGUCUGUUUAAUGUCUGGUCCAACUGAUUCGGAUAUUCGCAUUCUCGAAUACAGCCCCUCCGGGUAAUAUCUAGAUAAGUUCAUGGUUGUAGUGCAUGUGUGAAAGAGACUUGAGAUGUCAGUCAAGUCGCAAAAGGACCUGCAUAUCGGAACAGGAGGGGAUAAUAAGGGGGCAAAUAACUCCUGUCUGAAAGCUGGACUGGACAGUUUGUGAGCGGCUUUCUAUAAUUUAUCCAUUUUUUAAAUCUUUAAUUUUUGUAUUUCUCUGAAAGUUAAGCAUCACAUUGUGGCCUGUUAUAUA